GGAGCUGGACCGCGGCACAUUUUUGACAACGGAAAUGAGGAGUCGCCACUCUUCCAGCGUCAAGUUCGUGGCUAAAAGUUUUCAUUCCUCUUUUUUUUUUUCAUUUACUUUGAGGAACCGUCAAGGGCACUCACAAUGAGAGAGGCAGCUACGAGCUUUUUGUCACGCAGCUUCUCCUCCGGUGUCCAGUUUCUUUUGCUCCUCGCCGACGUCGUUUUGAGUUACUUUAGAUGCUUCUCGACACAUUUCCGUUAUGCGAAGUCCAACUUGUUGGUUAGUCGUCGUGCUGCGGUGGGUGCCCGUCCGAGAUAACGGAGAAUGAUAAUGAUAGACUGCAGGCUGUGGAGAGACGUUUUGUCAUUGGUAGCAUGCAGGACAGCUGGAAGGAUGCUUGAUGCAGUGAUUCUCAGCCGGUCUGGUUACUGCAAUGAAUGGUAACACUAUCCAUCCAGCCAACACCACCACAACAGCAGGAGGAAGCCCAGGCUUGGCAGCACCCCCAAGAGGCUGGAGGGAAUUCUGCGAGCUGCAUGCCAUCGCCACAGCCAGGCAGCUGGCCGGACACUACCAGAGCUUCGCUAGAGAGUGGCCGCAACAUGACGUGCUCCCACCAGAGACCUUUUCCAAGCAAUUCACCGACCUAUUCCAGCAGCACUUCUGCUGUGAGGUCGACAAAGACGGCACUCCGCUCAGCCAGAACACAGGUUCUAAUGAUACCAUUAGCGCUUCCUCCACCACUCCAGUAGCUACUUCCCUUCCUUUCGAGGGUUUAAUCGGUCGAUUGCGGAUAACAUCUUUGUCGGGGGUGCAGGAUUACCGAGAGGCGGGCCGGCCGAGUGGAGGGGCUGCUCCAUUUGCACCAGUGUCACCAAAAGUUGAGCCUGUGGUGUUGAGACGCGAACAGGAGCAGCCACUACGAUGCCCUGCAGGAAGCUCUUUAUCAGGAAACCAGGUGGUGCUCAGAGGGUCAAAUCGUUGUAUUGGUAGCGGGUCACUGCUGAGUCGUAGCCGUAGCAACGAAGACAUCUCUGGCACGGAUCGUCGGCAGGUAUCUCAACGGUACUCCUCUGAAUCCUCAACCUCAAACCCUGGACAUGCUGACAUUACACAUUUCUCGGUCAGUCAAAUCCGGCAGACUGUUAGACGGCUUCUCAAGAAACGGCCUGUCCCCAGCCCCCCUUCAUCCCAGGACCUGUCUCUUAGCAACCCUACUACUUACAACAGCAACAACCCCCAAAAUAUUGCUGACAGAGUGGGCAGCAUUUCCUCAACAAAUGAGGAAGUGUCUUCCUCCUCAUCCUCUCACUCUUCCUCUUGUCUGAACUCUGAAGCCACUCCCCCAACUUCUUCACAUGUGACUGUGGCAGGGGUAGCCUCUCACUUCCUUGAUCGUUUCCGUCGGUUACGUGGCGGGAGCAUGAGGCAGAGGAGGUCAGAGGUGAGCAGCUGCUGUAAAGAGGGUUCACUGAGGUACUUGCUUGUGGAUGACACUAUCUCAGACUCUCAGCCUCGCUGGCAACGCUGCCGCCUGCUGGUCAGGAGGAUCAGGGACACUCAAGGAGGAGGAAGAGGAGGAGGAGGGGAGAGAUACCAGUUGGAGCUUUAUGAUCCUCCAAAGGCCUCCAGUCCAAAGCUGACAACCUUCUGCUCAGAUAUCCAAGAGGUCCGUCGUUGCAACCGUCUGGAGAUGCCUGACAACUUAAACACAUUUGUUUUAAAGGUUAAUCGAGGUAGUUUGAUAUUUGAGACAGACAACGACCAGCAGGUCAGCUCCUGGACCACAGAGCUCAAAGAAUGUAUCAGUAACAGGCCAGGCAGUGUGGAUCUGGAGCCCCUCCCCUCUCCAGUUGACAGCUCUAGUCCAGCCAAUCACAGAGGGAGCUCCGAGUUGGGAAGUCACAGCCCCGUCACCUUUGCCCUGCCGGAGCAGGUUGUCCAGAAGAGCGAUCACUUCCUGUUCUCCUACCCCUGGUUCCACGGGCCCAUCUCCAGAGUCAAGGCAGCCCACCUGGUUCAGAGCUCUGGACCAGAGGGCCACGGAGUGUUUCUGGUCCGACAGAGUGAGACGAGAAGAGGAGACUACGUGCUCACUUUUAACUACCAGGGAAAAGCAAAGCACCUGCGCCUCUCUCUAACAGAGUGGGGUCAGUGCAGAGUUCAGCACCUGCGCUUCCCCUCUGUCAUAGACAUGCUCAGUCACUUCCGCCUCUUCCCCAUCCCGCUCGAGUGUGGAGCAGCCGGGGCCGUCACGCUGUCCAGCUUCGUGGUAGCAGGCUCCAGCCCUCCAUCACAGGGUCAACUGUCAGGCGCUCUCCUCGUCCCGUUCUCCCUCCACAGGUGGAGCUCUGAGCCCAGCCUGGCCCACUGCAGCCUCGCUCGCAGCUCCGGCCCCAGCACCACCUCCGGCCCCAGCUCUGUAUCCCAGCCGGGGAGCCGCUCGUCUACUCGCACCAACCCCGCCCCUGCCCCUCCACCCUCAGCCCCCACUCCUCUGCGAAGGAGUGAGUCUGUGGGGAGGAGACCCCUGCUCCGCCACCAUCCCAACCCCCUCCUUCCUCAGCGGGACUCAGACUACGAGCUGGAGCCCGAUCGAGGGCGCAAGCGGGCAAUAGACAACCAGUACAUGUUGAUUUGACCGACAGAGUCACACACCUCUAUCACCUCUGACUGACAGAUGUCAUACAUGAGCACACACACACACACCAGUUCACACACAUUUUGUUACCUGCACCCAACGUCAUGUGGGCGAGUGAGACUCUCAGAGAGCGCAGAAAUACAACCUGAUCACAGCAGCAGACUCACGAACGAGACCAGCUUAGUCUGACUUAGUGUGCAUUUCAAAACACACGCUCACUUUAGGAGUGUAUUACCAGUGUCAGACCGUCACAACCUUCAGCCUGAGUGUCCACAGUGAAUGUAUUUUGGGAGUUUUCUAGCAGUGCUGACCAUGAUGAGGAUGCUAGUUUUUCUAAUGUUCAGGUUCUGGAAGAGAAGAGGAGCUGCACGUGAAGCUGUCCUCCAGAAAAACAAUAUUUUUUAAAUGUUUCUAUUCCUCUGAGGCGCGCUUGAUUUAACAUGUUUGGCACUUCACCUUUACUAAUGGGAGGUAACAGCCUGUGAAAUGUGUUAAAUCAAGUACUCCUUUCAAAUAUUUAUAAGUCAUUUACUCUUCACACACAGGCCUCUGUGUGGAGCACACUCCCACCUUUUUGUACAAACACAAAUGAAAACGCACUCUAUUUUAGAGUGGGACGCACUCUAGUAGAUAUUCUCUUACUGCAAUUAUUAUAUUUUUACGUGCACAGCGCUUUUCAGUGCACUUUGGAAACAAUGUGUAUUUUGUCUAUACACAGGUUCUUUUGUAAAAAAAAAAACAAAAUGAAAGUGAAAAAGUUGGUUAAAGUCAGUUGGGAAGCUGUUAGUAGAAACUGGUCUUGUUUGGCCACUCCUCCUUCAAACGUUCACACAGAACAGGAACGAUCUGGAUCACGACUCAGCAGAUGUUCUUUAAUGGUGUCUCUGAGAUGAUUCAAAGUGUCAUCUCUCAGCAGCAUUCUGUUGAUGGCAGUCCGGUACAACACUCAACCAAAACUGUGCGUGUGUGAAUUUCUGUCCCAGAAUGCACUGGGUUUUCCUAAAGUGUGUUUAUUAGUGUCACAUGUUUCAUUUUUUAGCAUUAUAGUGACGGCAUUACCUCAUCCAAAUGAACUUCUGAGGUAGAUUAAAGGUUUACACGCAAAUAAUCUCUGCCGUAAACUCAAAGAAAAUUGAUGUAAUAUAUCAUACAUCAAAACCCCGCAAUCCUGAAUGAUAGUCUGAAAAAUGGAUGGAUGAAAAUAAUAUUAUAACAACUUUUCCCCAAAGUGAAUUACGUACAUGUAAAGCAGAAACAAGGCACCAAAACAACAAAGUAGUAACAAAGUGAUCUAAGUCCAUUUGUUCAGUCAGUUGUUUCGACUCUCUCGUAAAGAUAUAAAAAGAUGCAGGGUUAAAAUGUACGGCAUUGUUAUGGCUUUAUAACGCAUCGUUAGAUCCUUUAAAGGGCUCUUAAGAGUAGACCAAGACGCAGUGUAACUCCUGAUACACGAGUGCCUUUUUUUGUAAACUUUUGAACAUUUUCUAACUCCGUCGGGCGACUCAGGGACCUCCACCUCGUCUCCAGCUCUUCUAAACACUCAAACAGUAGCAUUCAUUCUUUUCUGUUGAACUUCAUUUUGAACUAGAGGCGUUAUGAGGGAGCAGAUGCGAGGGAGCAGCUUUGCUCUUUAUGUUUUGUUGCCCUUCAACUGAAUCCAUCAACAGUUUGAGGUUCCUUCUGAGAUAGGAUUAAACCAUCGGUUUAAAGCUGCACUGACUAUAACAGAGCAACAACACCCAACUCAGGUGUUACUUUUUUAUCCAGAGCUAAAUUUGUAUCAAAGGUUGAAUACAGAAAUACAUCUUUAAAAAAAAAAAAAAAAAGCAAGCUGUUUUGAUUCAGUGACCAGUGGGUGGAGUGUUUUCUCUCGCCCAUAAUCUGUCAGAAACCUCUCAAAGAGCUCAUUAGUGACCCAAAAUGACACCACCCUCGUCUCUCCUUACAGUAAACUAAGAGCAUCUCAUUAAACAGUGGAUCUUUUCUACAAAUCAAAGCAGCAGUUUCUAACAUGCACCGAUGACCAAUUUUCUGUAAUUGAGUUUCAACCUUCACUGCUAUGGGCAGUGUGCUAGGACUGGGGUGUUCGUCUUCUGACCUUGCUUUCACACUGACUUUAGCCGUUGAUUUAAGAUUGACCGUCUGUGCUUCAUGAAGGGUUUUGAUCUGAUUGUGUCUGCCUCCUUUAUGACCAUUGUUUCCUGUUCUUAUUAAGAAACAUUACUUACUUCCUCAUGAACAUGACCAGAGUAAGUCGGCUGUGAUUACUUCUCUUGUUAUGCAAUAAGUCAGCUUUGUGUACCAAAGGAACAUUUUUACAAUGGUUGAGUAGUUCUCUUUUAUGUAUCUUCAUGAUGAUGACUGACAUUGCUCAAGUGUUUGCAAGGGGAACAAAAACAAAGAUGUUUUUGGCAAAAGUACGGUUGAUCUUCCUGCCUUUAAAAACCUGAGUCUUUAAAAAAAAUCCCCAGACACCUCUGUCUCAUUUCUGCUGAAGGAAAGUAACGGUAAAAUGACUAGUUGGACUCUCGGUCCCCCUCUCAUUGCUGAUUUAUUUUCUUGUUAGGGAGAAGGACUGUGCCUUUGCCAGAAAGCUGCUGUUGCUUUUCCCCUUUUCAAAAGGUCAGGGUGUGAUGUGGUGUAGUGCAAUAUCAGAUGCGCAGUGCUUUACACCUUGUUGUGUGUGUAGGGAACGAUAAGAUGAAUUAUUAAGUAUUCAAUGUAUGCACCUGCUCAUAAACUGAAGAAAAUAUAUUUGACGAAUGUCAAAGUUCCCAGAAAAAAAAGCUAAUUUUAAAGCCCGGUCUAGCACAUUUUUCAAAUUGCUUUAUGUCUUAGUUUCCAUGGUUCUCUCCAAAUGUUUAGCAAUCCAGCUCAUGCUCGAGAACUGCCUCAGGCGUACCUCAGGUGUCUUUAAUCCUCAGAAUCCACUCCAGCUAUCCCCCUCCCCCCAGUGAUAUAUUUGAUUUAGAAAUGUCCAGUUGAUGAAUGUAAUGUGUUCUUAAUACUGUUCAUCCUGUUUGUUAACUUUUAGCACUGUAAACAUUCCAGUUCAACGCAGCAUCCCCUCGACAGCCAAUGAAAUCAACAAGAGCUUUAAAACCUGUCCAUGUGUUUGCAUCCCUUUCAGUAAUAAGCAUCUAAAUUAUAUGAAAUAUAUAUCAACUGUAUAUUUGACUUUUUGUAAAAUAAACCUAACCAAAAAAAAAAAA